AUGAAGGGGUCCCCCGAAACCAUUUUAAAAGCCCAGGACUUGAUUGGACGAGCCUUACAAGAGCGUUGUCUCUCUUCCGGGGAAGCGUCCAAACUCCGGGGGAUUUUAACUUGGUUGGAAAGCACUUUUUCUGGGAAACCCUUAGCAGGUGCCAAGUCUGCGCUCAUUGCGCGCCAGUAUUGGGACACGGAGCACGAACUUACGGUCACUUUGCAAAAAUCUUUGGAAAUUUUGCAGCUGGCCCUAGGCCAUCUGCCUCCCCGCACGGUCCACAUUUUUCCUGCGCUGUCUAAGCCUGUGGUAGUUUACACUGAUGCUUCCACCGAAGCACCAUGCCCGAGUGGUUGCCGCAUCGGCGUUUGGAUUCAUGAUGGUGAGACCAUUUGGUGCGAGGCUGUGGAUGUACCUAGAGACAUUUUAGCCGCAUGGUUACCCCGCAAAACCCAAAUCAAUUUGUUGGAGUUAUUGGCAGUUCCUUUAGUUGCGCACGCCAACGCUUCAAUUUUGAAGUCUAGAGACGUCAUUUGGUUCCUCGACAACCAAGCUGCGCUGGGCAGCUUGGUAAAAGCAGCCUCUCGACAGUCAGACGUCAACUACUUGUCGCCUCUGCCGGUCCACGUGUGCACUCCCACACAGUCCCCCUCCAUAGGGAACCUCUGUGUGAAGUGGCAGGCCAAUGGGACUUGUUCGCCCACAUUCUGCACCGAUGCGGCCGGACCGAAAGCCAGACGGCACAACAGUCAAAAUCAAUUCCUGGGGCGCCUGGAAUUCCAAGAUGGGAAGCGCAAAGAGGCAACGCAAGCGUACCAUGGGCGCGGCGCCGAGAGCAUUCAGUAUGCGCAAUUAGAGCGGAAAUUUGCGGCAACAGUUUCCCCCGAAGGGCAUCCCCUGCGCGGCAUGGUGUUAGACGGCCAGCCGGGUCGCGGGGGAAGCGGCUGGCCUGUGAUGGACGGCGUCACUUGCUAUGACCCCGCUGUGAACAAAGUGAAGCUCCACCACUCUAAGGCCGACAAGGACUUGGGGAUACGUGGCUAUUGCCCGGAACUCAUGGCCGUAUUGAAAUGUCAUCAAGACACGCAACCGGAGCCGGGAACGGGAUUGAUGCUGAAGUAUGUGGCCACCUACCUACCCAAAUUCAGUGAAGGGCCAGGCAAGGAGCUCAUGGAUGACCACAGCACAGGUUAUGCCGCCGCUCGACGGGUGCUAGUCACAUACCAUCCGGGAGAGCCAGAAAUGUGGCUGCUUCUCGGCAACCAGCAGCAACCAAUGUUUUUCAUGGGCGGAACCAUGCAGCCCAUCAUUGCGCCCCAUCCAGGAAUGGAGCCAAAACCCCGCUAUGUGGAGCUGUAUGAGAACGCAACUUGGAAAUUAAGGCAACAUGACCUUGUUGGAAUUUUUGCGGAAGACCAACACGAAGGGCCACAUUUUGGAACACAUCCAGAAAGCCUACAGGAAGGCGCCGCAGACUAUGUCGCUGGAAGCGUUCGCGAGGAGCUAUCGUAUUUCGGUCAAUGGCUCGCGUUGAAUGUGCCAUUCAAGAAGCUGGAAGACUUACUCCUGGCGUCUGUGGUGGCGCGCGUGCCUUCGCACGUGCAAUUCUUGGCGUGUGCUUUGGAGUGGGCCCCGGAAAUGUGGCGCAGCGAGGAGGCAAUCAGAGAGCAUCUGGCAUUGAGGGCGGUCGGGGCAGCGCUCACCGAAACCGUGGUGCAAAUGAUCCGAGCGCAAGAUUUUUUCAUUCAGCAGCAUUUGACGGGUGCAUUGGUGGCGCAAGACCAACCUGUAGCCGAUGUGAUGCAGUCAUACUUUGACACCGAAGACGGCAUACAGCUCACGCCGGAACAGAAACGAGUUAUAGACAAUGUCAACCAACGGGUGGAUCAGGCACUGGCAAUUGCUCGAGAAGCGAAUGAGGAAGAAGUUGCCCGUUUGCAGGGUCUGGUUGAGGAGCAUGGCUCCAUGGUUGCAGUGUUGGGUGAGCCUGGCACGGGUAAGACGGCAGUCCUGGACAGAUGCGUUCGCCGAGCGCAAGCCCUUGGUGCCCGAGUCUUAUUGGCCAUGCCAACAGGAGCUCAAAGAGCAAGGGUGAAACAAAGGCACCCAGACGUAGACUUGGACACUUGUCAUGGGGCGUUUCUUUUUCAUAAGCCGCUGGUGGAAGCUCUGGGCAUCAUGAUGGGUUACGACUUGAUCGUCAUAGACGAAGCACCGCAGCUCUUCGCCGAACAUUUCGCGCGGCUUCAUGAGAUGUGGCUGGCAGCUGGAAAGAUUCCAUGCGUCGUGCUUGCAGGAGAUGAGUGGCAGCUGCCACCUCCAGGCCACACCAAAGAACUUGUCACGGCGCACCCCAAAUGGAAGUCAGUGUACAAGAUCCAGCUUCACAAAGUGUGGCGCCAGACCGACGGAGGAGCUCUGCCGGCGAAAACAGAACAGAAAACGACGGUCAUUACUUGCACGCGCCGCGGGGCCGCGUUAGUGAACCACUUGGCCAUGGAAGUCUUGUUUGAGCAGCCCGGGGCGCACAAGCUGGGCACCAUCCCCGCCGCGUACGACAGCAAUCCAGACAACUAUGACCCGCACGGCAAUCUGUGGGAAGGGCACGUGCCGGCGGCAUUGGCGUUGGAUCUCUACGACGGUUUUCGCGCGCGCCUGACCCGAAACUUAGCCAAACACUUGGAUUAUGUGAAUGGUAUGAGCGCCGUGAUUCAGAGUUAUGACAGAAAGACUGGGGCCGUGGUGGUGGAAACAGUCACCAACCAAGUGUUGUGCAUUUACCCGAUCACAGAUGCAGAGCUCCCAUGCGGCAAAGUGACGUAUUACCCCUUGAAGCCAGGUUAUGCCGACACGGUGCACAAGUUCCAAGGUGCAGAAUUGCCACAUGUCACCUUCUGGCCUGAUCGUGAAGGCAGCCCGGCUGCGGCGUAUGUCGCGCUGUCGCGCGUGAAGCGGGAUACAGAUUACUUGUUGGGCGGGGUGAUCAAGCCAGAGCAUUUUGUACCAGCGAAAUAG